AUGGGUGCUACUAGUACUACCAAUGAGAGUGGUGGUAGUACUAACAAUGAAACCGACUCUUCUUUGGUUUUUGGAGGUUGUAAACGAAAAGCCAUGAUGGAAAAGUGGAAAAAAAUUCAACAAGAGAGGUGGUGGAGAAUAAAUGGGCUUAAGUAUCCUACUUUGGCAUCAAUUGCAAAGGAUGUGCUUGCAAUCCCUACUUCCACAAUAGCUUUGGAGUCUUGUUUUAGCACAAGUGGGAGAGUAAUUGACUCGUUUCAAAGCUCAUUGUCUCCUAGGAUGGUUGAGGCUUUGAUUUGCUCUCAAAAUUGGAUAAGGUCCGAAGAUAUAUCUUCAUUGCAAUAUGUGCCAAGCAUUGAGGAGAUGGAGUUCUAUGAAUCAAUUGAAAUAAGUCGGCCAAAAAUUGACUCGACCCGAACCGUGCCCAGGGCUAGAAAAAGGAAUAACCCCAACCUCUCAAUCUGCCCAACCCUGGAUGAUGGUGAGUACAAUAAGUCGGAGGAAUUGGGAACAAAGAGAAGAAAAAUAAUCAAGGAUGAUGAUAACAACUUGGAACUAGUGGCGGCGGAGGAGGAGGACCGAAUCAGUAAGUUGCCACAUGAAGUUGUUCUUAGUAUAGUGUCACUAUUGACCCUAAAGGAAGCAGCAACGACUAGUACCCUUUCUAGGCGAUGA